UCUGCGCCGGCGGAAGCCACUUCUUUUUCGCCAGAGCGGCGCGGCUCAAGAUGGCGGUACAGAUCUCCAAGAAGCGAAAGUUCGUGGCCGACGGUAUCUUCAAAGCUGAACUGAACGAGUUUUUGACUCGGGAGCUGGCCGAAGAUGGCUACUCUGGGGUGGAGGUCCGAGUUACCCCAACCAGGACCGAGAUCAUCAUCCUUGCCACCAGAACUCAGAACGUUCUCGGAGAGAAAGGACGUCGGAUUCGCGAGCUGACGGCCGUCGUUCAGAAGCGGUUUGGCUUUCCGGAGGCUAGCGUGGAGCUCUAUGCCGAGAAAGUGGCCACCCGAGGACUGUGUGCCAUCGCCCAAGCAGAGUCCCUGCGGUACAAGCUUCUGGGGGGCCUGGCCGUGCGUAGGGCGUGUUACGGCGUCCUGCGUUUCAUCAUGGAAAGUGGAGCCAAGGGUUGCGAAGUAGUGGUGUCUGGCAAACUCCGGGGCCAGCGUGCCAAAUCCAUGAAGUUUGUGGAUGGGUUGAUGAUCCACAGCGGGGACCCCGUCAACUACUACGUGGACACCGCCGUGCGUCACGUCCUGCUCAGACAGGGGGUGCUGGGCAUUAAGGUGAAGAUCAUGCUGCCCUGGGAUCCCAGUGGGAAGAUUGGGCCCAAGAAGCCCCUGCCGGACCACGUCAGCAUCGUGGAGCCCAAAGAAGAGAUUCUGCCCACCACCCCCAUCUCGGAGCAGAAGGGCACCAAGCCGGAGCAGCCGCCGAUGCCCCAGCCGGUGCCCACGGCUUAAGAGGUUUUUGGUUUAAAACCUUGGAAGUUCUAUAAAAAAAAA